AUGAUAAAGCAGGUAUUGAUUGGGAUUCUGUGUGGUGCUGCCGUACUGACGGUAGGUAUCUUAAUCGGCCACUAUGGUAUCGCCAAAAGCAGCAGCUCUGCACCAUCCUGGGUGAACGAUGUGGCGAAGGAUGUGGACGAGAGCCUCAUUGAGAAGUUUCUGUCUGAGGUGGACAACAUCCAGAUUCAGGAGAACCUAAAGGAGUUGACCAAAGUGCCCCAUAUGGCCACCACAGCAGGAGACGAGCAGACAGUGCAGUUUAUGCUAAAGAGAUGGCAGGACCCCGAAACCGGCCUGGACCAGGCCUGGAGAGAGGAGUACAUGGUCUACUUGUCCUUCCCUAACCCCAAGAAACCCAACAAGGUCACUGUAGUGAGCCCGUCUGAUUCCGUGCUGCACACUGUCAGAGAAAAAGAGAAGCCUUAUACUUCGGACCAAGAGGAUCCUGAGGUGGUUCAGCCGUAUGCUGCAUUCUCCCCUGCUGGAAACACAAAGGGGAAACUGGUGUAUGCCAACCAGGGGAAACCCAGUGACUACCAGCUGUUGAACCAGACAGUAGACCUCAGAGGAACCAUCGCCAUCACCAGAUAUGGUGGAGCAGGAAGAGCUGAUAAAGCUAUCAAUGCAGCACCCUUCGGUGUCAUUGGCGUGCUUGUCUACACAGACCCUUUGGACAUCAACGAUGGUCUCAUGUCAGACACCAAUGAGACAUAUCCUCACUCCUGGUACAUGCCACCCUCUGGUGUGGAGAGAGGAUCCUUUAAAACUCGCUUUGGAGACAUGCUCACGCCCUACAUGGCUGCCAAAGAGGACACCUACAGAAUUCCAGUCAAGAACAUCACAGGGAUCCCUCCCAUUCCAAUUCAACCAAUCGGAUUUGAGGAUGCCUACAGACUUAUCUGUGAGCUAGGCGGACAAGCCGCUCCAGCUCAAUGGCAGGGAGCAUUUAACUGUUCGUACAACUUUGGCAGCCCGGGGUUCAAACAUACAUCGGCUUUCAACAACAGUGAUGUGAAAAUGGAAAUCUUCAACUAUGAAGAGGUGAAGAACUCAUCCAAUGUGAUGGGAGUUAUCAGAGGGAGUGUCGAGCCAGACAGGUAUGUGAUCUAUGGGAACCACAGGGACAGUUGGGUUCACGGUGCCAUCGACCCGAGCAGUGGGACAUCGGUCAUGCUUGAAUUGAGCAGAGUGCUGGGUAGGAUGGUCAAGCAGGGCAAAUGGAGGCCUCGCAGGUCCAUUAUCUUUGGAAGCUGGGGAGCAGAGGAGUUCGGCCUUAUUGGGUCUACAGAAUACACAGAGCAAUACUUCGCCAAGCUCAGUGAACGAGCUGUUGCUUACAUCAAUGUGGAUAUAGCUGUUUUUGCCAACGCCACUCUCAGGGCUUCUGGGAUGCCAUCAGUCCAGAAUGUCAUCUUCAAAGCCGCAAAACAGGUCGAUGCACCCGGACUGGACUCCACAUCUGUGUACGACAACUGGAUCCGAUAUUCCAACAGGACAAGCCCGGCCCAUGGGCUCAUUCCCAGGCUGGGGUACCUGUCAGGAGCAGGGAGCGAUUACGCUGCCUUUGUCCAUUACCUGGGAAUCGCAUCCAUGGACAUUUCAUACACAUAUGACAAAAGUAAAACCAAUGCUCGGAUUUACCCUGCAUACCACACAGCAUACGACACCUUUAACUACGCCUCAAGGUUCAUUGAUCCCGGGUUCGUCAGUCACCAGGCCAUUGCCAGGACAGCAGGAAACGUCCUGAUCCGAUUGGCUGACAGCCUGGUGUUGCCAUUAAACUGCAGUGACUAUGCUGAGACUCUGGAGGACUACCUGAACACAGCAGUGACCCUAUAUCAGUAUAAACUGCAAGCUUGGAAUAUCUCAAUGGAACCACUAAAACGGGCAGUGGCCAGCUUUCGCAGCGCAGCUAAUCAGUUGGACCAGGUGAUUCGCAGUUCAGACCUGGCAAAUGAAACACCUCUGAAGGUCAGAAGGAUCAAUGACCAGCUCAUGCUACUGGACCGUGCCUUCUUGGACCCUCUGGCCUUCCCAGAUAAAUAUGCAUACAGGCAUGUUAUCUGGGCUUCAAGUAGUGCCGGCAAGACAACCUUCCCAGGUCUCGCAGAUGCAUACGCCAACGCUGAGUCAUCAGAACAGUCCAGCGACUGGGACAAAGUGCACUACCACCUUUCAGUCCUGAGCCAGGCCAUCGAUGGCGCAGCCAGUACACUUGUUGACGUCAUAUAGACAUAGAUGAGGAGCAGGGAACUGCACUAACUCAGGAAUUUCAUAAAAAGACAGGGAGAUGCAGCCAUUAAACACUCAUACACACACACACACACACACGCACAUACAAUGACAAUAUAUGUUAAGCUGGC